AUGCCCCGCCUCCUUCGCCUCCACUUCACGCGGCCCCCACCGCAGGAAAUCGCUCUCGGCAAACCCUUCCCGCUCACAAUCUCACUCACCGAUGAUCUCCGCGUGCCCGUCUCAGCCAUAACCGUCCCUCUCCACCUCCGCCUCCUCGACGCACGCUCCCACACCCCCAUCCCCUCGCUAACUCUCACCCUCUCCAAACCUGCCUCUUCCUUCAUCAUAUCUCCAACCGGCCAACCAUCCAUCACCAUCGACGUAACAAUAACAUGCAGCAAAAGUUUCCGGCAGCCCAAACCUGUCUGUUUCCAUGUGGGUGUGGAUAACGCCGCGUGCGUAGAUCCGACGGAAGAUGGGGAUGUGGAGGAGGGUGUGGAGGAUCUUACAAGCGGGGUUUGUGAGGCGGUUGGUGCGAGGGGUGUGAAGACGGAUUUGGAGGGAGGGAUGCGAGUGGUGGUUCCGCUCGGGGUUUAUUCGGGGGAAUGUAGAGUGAUGCCGGCGGGACGGGAUGCGAAAGGCGGCAAAGUCCAAACCAACGAACGCCACUUCCGCUUCCAAAUGCCCCGCCAUGCCAAUCCACUUUCAGAUCGCCUCCCAAGGACACUCCCGCUCGUCAUCCCCAUAACAGAACACGCCCACAUGACCUUCAGCACCGGCACCCACAUCUGGGACUGCGCGCCCAUCCUCGCCCUCUACCUCACCUGCCACGCCCACUCAUACUUCCCCCCGUCGUGCUCCUCCACACCACCACGACAGGUAAUCGAGCUGGGCGCCGGCUGCGGCCUCACGGGCAUAACCGGCGCCGUUCUCGGCGGCGAUGUGGUGUGCACGGACCUGGAUAACCCCGCUGACUCGUGUUUGCAGCACAACAUCGAUGUGGGCAACAAUAUCAUACAGACCGAGUACGCAGACACGGGAGGGAAAUGUCGAGCGGAUAUCCUCGAGUGGGGAUUCCUAGACGCGGACAUCGUUGCUCGAUUAGCACCACCCACCGACGGCAAUGGGAAGAGUCCUCUCCCGCCGCUGGUGAUAGCCGCCGACGUGCUGUACAACGUCGCCUCGCACGGCGUGUUUCUCGAUACCAUUACAAGUAUCUGCGCUCAUCGGCCCGGGGCGGAGGUGUUGGUGGCGUAUAAGUGGCGUGGGGAGGGGGAGGAGGCGUUUUGGGGCAGUGCGAAGGGGGUGUUUGAGGUUAGGAGGGUUGCGGGGGCGGUGGGCGUUGGGGUUUAUAACUUGCGAUAUGUAUUGUAG